UUCCGUGUCACUCGCGUGACAAGACCAGACGGAGAAACCGAGCAUCUACCCGGCGGAGGUGGCGCGACCGAGGAGGAGAAGCCGAAGAAGACUCCAGAUGGGGCUCGGCGCGUCCGGAUUGACGUCGUCCCUGCACAUCGUCAUGCUGGGCCUGGACUCGGCGGGCAAGACGACGGUGCUGUACCGGCUCAAGCUCAACGAGUUCGUCAACACGGUGCCCACCAUCGGCUUCAACGCCGAGAAGGUGCGCCUGAAAGGCGGCGUCGCCUUCCAUGUGUGGGACGUGGGCGGCCAGGAGAAGCUGCGGCCGCUCUGGAGGUCGUACAGCCGCGCCGCCGACGGGCUCGUCUACGUCGUCGACUCCGUGGACGCCGAGCGACUCGAGGAGGCGCGCACCGAGCUGCACAAGGUGACGCUCCUGCCUGAGAACCGCGGCGCCCCGCUGCUGGUCAUCGCCAACAAGCAGGACCUCCCGCGCUCGCUCCAGGUCGAGGCCAUCGAGCGCGGCCUGGGCCUCGGGGAGCUGGCGCCCGCCACCCGCUACCACGUGCAGCCCGCCUGCGCCAUCAUCGGGGAGGGGCUGCGCGAGGGCAUGGACAAACUCACGCGCAUGAUACACGACCGGCGAAAAAGCCUCGCCGGCAGCAAGCGGCAACGACACAACGCCAAGUGACGAGAGGAGGAGCCCGGCGAUGGUGAUGUCGUCGCUGUGAUGACACAAAUGACAAGGGGAGUGGGAGGGGCCUGGAUGUUGUGAUGUCAUCACUGUGAUGACAUGGGCAGUAGCGAGACUCACAUACACGCACUCUCACAUGCAGAGCAGCAUUAAUAAACACUCUCACACAUGCUAACAAAUACACACAAGUGCAUACUAACACAUUCACAAACACCUACACACACGUAAGUAUACAAACACACACAUUCAUUCACACAGAUAUACAUAAACGCACACAUUCUUGCACACGACGUAAAUAUACAUACACUCACAUACAAAUUCACAUGCACAUUGACUCUUACACACACACAUAAAUACAGACAAACAGACACACGUGCGCACAUAUAACUACAAAUACGCAUGCACACUAACGCUCUCUUAAGUACACACACACACACACACACACAGAUUGAGGGUUAAGAGGAGAGUCUGAAGGGGGUGAUGUCAUCCCGGUGAGGAUCAGGAAGCAAAACAAAAACAGGCGGGCCUGUUAAUGGUGGACUUCCUUAUAUGGGCUUCCUCAUCUGGACUUCCUUAGCUGCACUUUGCUAACAUGACAACGCUAACGUGCUAACCAGCACACCUGUGCGUGUGUGGACUGAACUUUUUGGAGAGUAUUAAACAGUUCAAAGCCAGAUUUGAGUGUUUAUUUGU